GCAGCUGAUUGGCUGUAACCAAAUUAUUAUGUAAAGAGAGGUGGAACAGGACAAACAUGUUUGCACCGGCAGUUACAGAGGAAAUCCACUUUCACAGCGUUCGGGUGGACAGCGAUAUGCUCACAGUGAGAAUAGGAAAAAUAAAAAUGGCAAGAAGACAAAGCGUCAAGGGCAGAAUCAUACAGUGCAUAUUGGUGGGAGUGUCACUGAUCAUCUUUGUCACAGUUAUCCUGAAACAAUACAGCGACACGUUCAAAGUUGAUUUGCAUCAGGCUUUAUCUGAAGGUUCAGGUUCUUCUGUGAAGCCUUUACAGAACCCUAAACAGCCUGCUGACCUGUGUGUGAAGAAAGACUGUCCAGCUGAUCAUUACAGCUUCUACAUCCAUAGUGGAGCCGCUAACGUCGUGUCUCCAAAUAUCUGUUUGCAGAACAAACUGGUUCUUGGGAAAGCAAAAGACAACGCAGGCACUGGGCUAAACAUUGUCGUAUUGAAUGGAAAAAGCGGAGAAGUCACAAAGACUGACCACUUUGACAUGUACAGCGGUGACGUCAAACCUCUCAUCGAAUUCCUCCAAAGCAUCGAGAAAGGAUCCAUUGUGCUGAUAGCAUCAUUUGAUGAUCCUUCAUCCAAGUUAAAUGAAGAUGCAAAGAAGCUGAUAGCUGAACUUGGAAGUUCUGCUGCUCAGUCCCUGGGCUUCAGAGACAGCUGGGUGUUUGUUGGUGGGAAAGGAGCAACAGUUCAGAGCAACUUUGAGAAGGUAAUUAAGAAUAAUCCAGCAAAAAAUAAAUAUCAACAGUGGCCUGAACUUAUUGAAAUGCACGGAUGCAUCCCCAAAUACAUGGAAUGAUGCUGCUUUGUCCUGGAAUGAGGAGCAGGAGAAACACAGCAUGUUGGCGAUGACACUGCAAAAGGAGUCAAGCCUGCUGAAAAUAACAAGAAUCAGAAAGAGCUCAACUAUCGGGGCUGGUUGGACUAGUUAGUCUCCUUUGAGGUCUUCAGCUCAGCCCGCUCUUUGUUUGAAGUCACAACAUGGGAAAACAAUUGGUUAAUGUUUUCCCAACCCUUUUAUUUUCCUUCUUUGUACUGUUUUUUAUAUAGGGGCAGUGUUUAGAAUUCCUUAAGAUGGACACUUUAUGUUUCACCAGCAGGUCUGCACUGCAUCAUCCACCCUUUAUAUCACAAAUCAGGAACAUGUGUGUUGUGGGAAACAUCAGAAAAAGAUCAAGUCUCCAGUAACUGCAGACAACAAGAAGCAAAAACUAUGAGGACGUGUCUGAAUUCACUGCUAAAGAACACCAGCAGUGAAAGUGUUUUCUCCAACAAACAGAAUCUGCUCCUCUUCAUGUCGACCUUUUCUGCUGGUUCUUGAUCUGGUUCUGUUCAGAGGAAUUUUGCUAUGACCUUGUGAGCCGACAGCACCACCAAUAUUAACAUCUAUUCUAAUCAGUCAUAAGUCAUUAACUAAGGCCGUUGCACAUCACAUGACAUUAUAAUAUGGUUCUGUGCUUUGGCAACUUCUUUUAUGAACUCUUGUAUUAUUAUUCUUAUUUACACUUUGUCAUAUUUUACUCUAUGUUUGUUAUUUGUUCAAGUGAAACCAGUCAUGGUGAACUCUUCAUCUAAUUAUUCUCACAGAUUACUUUUUCAUGCUACUUUAUCAUUUUCCCAGAAAUUCAGUAGAUGACCAAAUUAUCACCUGGGUUUUUCAUCUGUUUUCUCUCUUGUUUUUCCUCUUCCUUUUUGUCUCUUUAAAACCUGCAAAAUAUGAAGAAAAAGCUACUUUUUUUUUUUUUUUUUUUUUUUUUGCAUCCAGCUGGGAACCAACUGGCAACUUAUGGUUGAAAUGCUCACAAUGGUUCAUAAUAAGGUGCAUUAAUUGGAGCAACUCCUGUUCUAUAUCAGUGGAAAAGGGCUGAGAGACUUCUUAGCCGAAUGCGCAGAUUUAAAAAGUCAGACAUCUGCAUAUUGUCCAGCAGAAUUUUGCCAGGGUUGGAUCACAGAGCUCUGAAGCUCAUGCCUCUCUUUUUAGACGAAACUAAACAUUGUAUAGAAUUAUACAAUACAAAUGUUACACAUCAGACCAAAAGUACAGAAGACAGGUACCUAUAAUCAUUUGUUUUAUUGAAACUACUACUAUGUAUACUCACUAAAAUGUUGCACUUUGGAGAGUCAUAAGGUUCUGUCAGAGUUUACUUGUUUUGUUCUGGACAUCAGGGAAAUAAUUUAUGUCAUAAGUUGAAGUCACUUUGUUCAUUAUGGAGUAUGUAGGUUCUUCCUUUUACACAGAAUAAGCCUGGCUGCUUCAGUAAAACCAGUUACUGACGUCUGAACUAUGCUUUAGAUUACCUGUUGUACAGUACUGUAUGAGGUUGUUUGAGCCACUUUUCAUUCAUCAGCAAAGACAAUUGCAAGAGAAAAUCCCACUAGACAUGAAGAUAUGUGUCCACUUCCUUGUUAUAUUUCUUGCAUUUGUCCUAGUUUGGGCUCAUUUGGAACAGCUUCAGUUAUAUCAUGUUUGAUUUGGCAAUGGAUAGAUGUGCAGAAUAUGAACAUAUUUUGUUAGCAAUGCAUUUUGAUCAGUUGUCAUUUUCUCUAUUAACAUGCACUAUGAGAAUAUUUAUAUUUGUCAUUUGAGAGGAAUGUUAUUGUUAGAUUCUUGAAUAAACAAAAAUGUUGACUGGACUCCACACAUGCCUACCUAGUAAAACCAGUGCUCUUGAAGGGGUUCUAUGCAGUGUUGAUGUUCCAAACUCUCACAAGCAGGGGAAGUUUUGUACCUGGACACACUCAGGAUGAGAAAACUACAAAGAAAUCAACACUCAUGUAUCCACAGACUGUAUCACUCACUGAAUAAAGUAUAAGGUUAAAUGUGUACACACAUCUGUAUGAUGGUUUCAUCAAGUUUUCUCCUUCAAACUACACCUCAUAGCUGCUUAUUUUGACAGUCAGUCAAAAUAACACUGUGUCUACACAUGCUGAUAGUUUACAUUAUAGCUCUUUUAGUUUAGCUCAGUUUUUAGUCAGAAAACAGCCACAAUAAAACCACAAAUCACUUAUUUUCUGUUUGGUUUGUGUUGUGAAUAGCUACACUAAAGAUUUGUAUGGAAUCAUCCAAACAAGGUCAGAACUGUCACAGUUUAGUCUGAACCAUAGACGGCAACUUAGUAAAGAUAAUAACACAUAUAAUAACUGUAUAUGUUCAUAAACCUCAUAAUCAAACUCACCCAUAUAGAAGAAACACUACGAUUUCAUCAUCAAACUCCAUUCUUUACAUUUAGAGCUGUGUCCAGUGGAGAAAACAACAACAGUACUUCUUGCUUUUAUCACUUUGUCACUUUCUUUGACUCUAAAAGUUGUUUCUUAGUGGUUCUCAUCCCAUCUGGUCACUUCCUGACUCUUUGGUCAAAGACACUGUGACCUUAGUUUUCUCUGACAUGACUCAUUACUCCCUCUAAUGGUCACAUGACGCACCCAGGCCAUCCAUAUGAAUAUAUUCAGUUCAUAUCUAUACAAUCCAAUACACUGUCACAGAGCUCCUUUAAUUUAAAGGUUUUCAUAUACAGGCAGGUGACAAAUUAAAAGAAAAACCUGGACACCAUGAUCUCUUCCAGGAUAAUGAUGCAGUCUGCAGUACACAGAAGUUCACUGAAUGAUUGUUGAGAAUGAUAAUAAAGUGAUUACCAUACCUCAACUAAAUCAAUACCCAUGAAACAUUAUUAAUUGACAUGUACAGUGCUCUCCAUCUCCAUCCAUAUGAGGAAAUGUGUGUUUUUACAGUGAUAUUCAUCCAUUCAGUAGAGAUCACAGUGUAGAAUAAAUGCCAAAGAACACUAAUGCUAAGACUUAGACAUCUCAUGUUGGUUUUUUUUUAGUUCAUUUUCCAUCUAUGUGUGUGUGAGGAUAGUGAAAAGUUUCCUUUUUAUCUCAAACUUGGACAAAAUGUUAAUGUUCAGGCAAUUUUCCAUCAAUGGCAGGCUUUACUGUUCAGGUUAAUUAACUGGCUUACAGUAGAAGUUAAACACUGGUUGGACAAACCGCAAACAGUAGAAGUGGUUCUUAACUGUUAACAAUAUCCUUUUCCCUGUAAAGGUGUGACUGUGAUAUCUCCAGACUCUUAACAGAAGAAACAGUCUGGCAUUUAUUAUUCACAUCCUGCUGCCACAUUAACAUUGUUCCUGGUUAUGUACGUAAAUGCUACAUGUGAUAGGAAUAUGAUGUUUGCCAACCAGCUGAUUGCAUUAUAGUCUGCAGAGCAUUCUGGGAUAUCAAGGGCUAUAAAAUAGAGCCUUUAAAUAUGCCUUAAUGAUGACCAACAGAUAAGCUUUGUAUGAAUUUGUCAUCAUGCAGGCUAACACAGUUAUACUGUAAACCUUUGCAUGUGUUGGGGGUGUAUGCAAAGUUUGGAUGUGAUGUGUUUUUCGGUCUGUGCUCAGCUGUUUGUUUUUCAGAGGCUGCAUCCUCUUUCGAUUGCAUGUAACCAUUGUUUUUUCAUCCAUAAGGGAGGCGGCUGAGUGAUGACUCCAGGUUAUUGGUCAGUUUUUCCUGUGUCACUGCAUUAAAACAGUGUUAUUCUGAAUACACUCCAAUGAAUGAAAGCAAUCAGUCAGUCAAAUUUUAUUUAUAUAGCGCCAA